CGAGGCUCGCACGCGCCAGCCGCUUCGGUCGCGGCGUCGCGAUGCGCGUCCUACCGGCCCCGCGGCCGCUUCCCCAGGCGCCGCGCUAACCUUACCCAUGCAGUGGCGAAAACUGGCCAGGUUGAAGUCUUCGCCGGGCGGACAGUCGCGCGCUCGGAGGAUGUUGUGCUGCGGCCGCAGGAAGGAGAAUGGCCGCGCGGCGCCGGAUCUGACGGCGUCGCCGGGCCGCGCGCCGCCCGGCCCGCCGCAGCCGCCGCGCGCCAACCACGCGCCGCCCUGCGUCCUACAGCCUGACUUUCGGAAGGUAUCAGGUGUUAGCAAUGAAAUCUUCAGGCAAAUUGAAAUGGUUGAAAAUGAUCACGACGCGACCACGGCGGCGGCGCUCGAGGCGGUGGAGCGCCGCGGCGAGAUGAUCGUGCGAAUACUGGAGUUGAGGCAAGUGGGCCGGAACAAUAUUGAAGCCGCCAAGAAAUUCUUCUCAUUACAGGAUUCACGCCACAUAGUCCAACUGGUGGAGAUAGUGAAGCGCCCAGGGCAAACCCUAGGCCUGUACAUCCGUGAAGGCGAUGGCGGCACCAGGACAGAUGGUGUAUUCAUAUCCAGAAUAGCCCUGGAGUCCGCUGUGUACAACAGCGGCUGUCUGAAAGUAGGCGAUGAAAUUCUCGCAGUGAAUCUGGUCGAUGUGAGGAGGAUGUCGUUGGAUGACGUGGUUAUCAUCAUGUCGAUACCCAGGAGACUGCUUCUCUGUACCAGGCAGAGGAAAGGUAAAUCAGGUCCAGGAUCUCCUUCGCUGCCGCGGUCUGAGCACAAGCCUCCCCCGGUUGUGGUGCUGAAGCGGGACUGUCGAGAUGACGACGACCGCGACAGAGACCGCGUCGACGGCCUCUAUUCACAACAUGGCACUCUUCGCUCUACGGGAGGUCCGGGUAGCAGUGUGCGUCCCGUAGGAGAUGGUCGGGAAGAAAGGAGUCGACUUCAACUAGGGGCUUUAUCACCGGAUUCCACCGCUCUCGACUUGUACUACAAUCCUAGACCUCCGUCUGACCAUUCAACGUGGAGUUACAGACCACCGCCACCAGUGAUCACAGAACAGCCGAAGUCCUCCACCACUCACUUCGUGCCGUACGAGCGGACCUACCCCAAUACCCUUGAAAGCUUAGCGGAGAAGGUGCAUUCUUUGUACCCAGGAGAUACAGGAAGCUCAAGAUUUGGUGGCCGAGUCCCCCGUUCUGGAUCAGAACAACAGUUGCCGAGGGCAGAGACGCACUCUGACUUUGGUCGUCAUUCCUUGCUCAGAUCUAGUUUGAAAGCUUCUGCUGCCGGCCCUGGAGCAUCGAGUUUGAGAUAUAACCAACGAUACGGUGGAGUUGGAAUGACUGGACCAGGUUUAAGUAGCGGAUUAACGAGCUCAGCUUUAAGCUCAGGCUUAGGUCCUGGUCUUCCUUCUGGACUAUCUACCACAGGCCUAAGUGGACUAACAGGAUCAAGCUUAGUCGGCUCUGGAUUGACGAGUUCUGGAAUUGGAGCUGGAUUAUCUGGAACUGGACUGGGAUCGACCCUUGGGGGUGGAUAUGGUACUACAGGAUUGGGCUUAUCUUCGUAUAGUUCGAAAUUCGGAACAAGUAGAAGGAAUAGAAGCUUGGAUUAUUCUUCAGACACAGAAGCGACGGCUCCUACAAGGACACCUUAUUACUCUGGUCUCAGUGGAUAUCGGAGUAGCACGCUUGGACGAGAUAUCGGAUCGAAGUUCAAUUCCUUGCCACGGGAUGUAAGAGGAACAGGACAAAGAUUGGGACUAAGUAGACGUGCAGGCAGCGUUCUUCAAGACGAGCCGGAACCAUUGUCUUCUCGACUAGAUCUUCGUUCUUCCAGAGGUCGUCUACCGUCUUCGCCUUCAGUGUUCACGUCGGAUGAGUACCGAGCUUGGCUGUCCCGCGCGCCAUCUACCAGUGCAUUGUAUGAAACGUUGCGUCCACGGUUACCCACGCACUAUUCUGCUGAAAACAUUCAUGAUGCACUCAAAAAUAUGGAAAGUGGCAGCCGUUUUGGCUCAUCACUUGGUCUCGCCGGCCGCAGAAUGGAAAGGCCUCGGCAUCUUCCUGCUCGCUCACUCUCUUCUCAACAACUUGGCCCCACAGCCGGAGGGUCACCUUCGGCUCGUCGUGUGAGACAGCUGUUGGAACUUGGUUCACGAUUCAACUGCCCUAAUCCGAGCCCCGUGCCCACACCUGGUUCAAGGCAUCAUCGACAUCUCGAUAUCAACCCUAACGAUUUCCUAAAAUACAAAGUGGAGAACAAAGGGUCAGGGUGUCUAUCAGCCUCCAUGACGGGUCUGUCCCGUCUCUCAGGCGGAGUGUCGGGCAUGCUCUGGGUGCACUUACUGGCAGGGCGGGGACUCCGGCCCGCGGCUUCAGGGUCAUCCCCUGGCUCCCCCCCAUCGGGCCCAUUGGCGCCUGCGCAGCCGCCGGUCGCGCCGAGAGAUUUGUAUUGCGUGCUGGAGUGCGAUCGUGUGCAUAAAGCUAGGACUGUUGUGCGCAAUGGAGAACUUCAGUUCGACUGGGAUGAGUCCUUCGAGCUAGAGCUAGUGGACAACAGACAACUGGACGUGCUGGUCUACUCGUGGGAUCCGCAGCACAGGCACAAACUGUGCUACCGAGGCAUGGUUAUCCUACCGGACAUGCUUGUUCGCUCGCCAUCUCAUCAGCUUGCUAUAAAGAUGGAACCACGUGGAACUCUAUACGUUCGAUUCCGUCACACGGAGCCGCACGACCUGUUCAAGCGGCGACCAGCGCAGUCACGGUUAUCUCCACCGCCACUGUUUGGGGCAGAAUUAGAGGCCGUGAUUGCGAGGGAGGUCCGACCUCCCCACGCACCCCCUGUGCCUCUCAUUGUGAGGCGGUGUGUUGAGGAGAUUGAGCGACGAGGACUUGAUAUUAUCGGUCUGUACAGGUUAUGCGGCUCGGCGAGUAAAAAGCGCAUACUUCGGGAAGCCUUCGAGAGGAACCCGCGCGGGGUAGAACUAAACCCAGAUUCAGUUCCUGACAUCAACGUCAUCACGGGACUAUUGAAGGACUAUCUGAGAGAACUACCACAGCCGCUGUUCAACCACUGCCUGUUUCAGAUGACUGCGGAGGCUCUAAGUUCAUGCCUACCCAACGACCGAGAAGGCAACGCCCGCCUCGUAGCAUCCAUCGUCGAAUGCCUUCCACGAGCAGCCAGGGCUACCCUGGUCUUCCUUCUGGACCAUCUGGCCUUGGUCGUCGCAGCACAAGACAGAAACAAGAUGUCUCCUCAACACCUCGCUGUAGCCCUAGCUCCACCACUAAUAUUGCACUGUCAAUCGCCGAAUGAACCGAUAGAUUACCAGAGACCAAUCAGCUUCUUACAAUCGCUUCUUCAGAUCUGGCCGGCUCCGAAACGUUCAGUUCGGCGCGGCGAGCCAGCACUCGGGCCGCGUGGAAGCAAAGUCAGUGCGUCGCCAGCGGCCUCACUCAUCCUCCCCCAAGGCCGAGUUCCGCCCUCAGCCAGUCCAUAUCGGCAUCAAGCGGCAGCAUCAGUAGCAUCUCAGCAGCCAGCUCUCUCGGCUCGGCACGCGCCCGACCGCUCGCCGCCCGCACAUGUUCUCUCAUCAGUCAGGGCCGGCCAAUAUCGUCCGCAGUCGCCUCUGCGCGGCCCACUGCCCGCUCCGCCUCGCUCCCGUCAAGUGACGGUCUCAUCUCCCGGUUCACCCAGUAGUAGCUCGGGCAGCCACAGCCCCGCGGACACCAUCAAACAUGGCGGCUCUGUCUCCUCCAUCCUACGCCAGCCUGAGCGAGCUAGUUCCCCAAGGAUGUCGCCCAGGAAUUCUCCAAGAGCAUCCCCUAGGGAUUCCCCACGUACUAGCACGCCGCGGGAGAACUCCUCUAGAGAGAUGACUCCGCGGGAUUUGACCCCGCGCGAGAUGACGCCAAGGGACCUGACUCCUCGCGAAUCGAGCGGGCGCGACGGAUCCAGAGAUUCCCCGCGCUCCGCCAUCCCUGGCACUUCGGCCGGUUUAGCAGUCACAUUGAACGCCAGUGGAGCCCUAAGCCCUCGCUACAGCUCCACUAACCCGUUCCUGCAGCAAUACGACGCCGAAGAGGAGGCGGAAGCCUGGCGCGCCGCCGACAUUUUCUCCUCAUCCACGCACACAUAGUGCUCAUAGCGAAUUGAGAUUUUCUAGUCAAUUUUUUUAAUCGAAUCGAAAGAGUGCUACGAUUCCGCUGUAUAUUAUGUUGUUUGACGAGCGUGCUGCGCGCUCGUGUAAUUGUUAUAUAGAGCGAGUUACGAUGUAUAUUAUUGUGAGAAUGUAUACCUGCUGACUCGCCUCGCCGGCCGCCGUCUCCGCCGCGUAGCCACUAUAGUGUUUAUGAAUAUUGUAUUGUACAUUGUAUAUAAUAUAGUAUGGUAUAAAGUAGUUACGCUCCAGUUUUGUACCGCGGGCGAAGGGCGGCCGGCCCGCGGCGCUACACACAUCAUCCCACAUAUCAGAGGCUUGCGGCUGUUGGUGACGCUAAAACUAUCACUAACGUCUCUUUAAAUACUGUAAUAGUGUACAAUAAAUGAAAUACCUUUUCACUUCACCUUCAAUUAUUUUGUUCCCACUCGAAAUUACGCGAAACCAUGAAUGAACAAACAUAUGAUAGAGGUAUCAAUUUGUUGUAGACUGUUACGAUCGUCUUAUUUAGCAGCGUCACCCGUGACCUCAAGCCAGUAGCUCGACUAGGGAGAGUGUAUGUAUCAUAGACCAGACGUCGGACUGUCUUGAGACUGAGACCAUAUCAGGUAGCUGUAGGCAGGAUAUCCGUCGUAGAACCAGCGAUUACGUCUUUAGAAGACCUAGUAAAAAACACGGACGCCAUUCGAUCAAUGCAGAGAAAAAGGUUAUUUCUCAUAGAUAACACAUACUAACCUAACUUAAAAUUUAUUGCAUCAAUGUAAAAUUAGAUUGAUAGUAAAAUUAGGUUGCUGAUGUCCCGAAAGUGGUAAGUCUGAUGAAAUAUGCGUCUUUGAUUUUUUGCUUGGUCUAAUUACAUAUUGGACGUUAGACAAAUGUUAUUGAAUGUUAUAUUCCAAAUAAUCUUUGUUCAUUUGAUAUACUUAUAUAAUAGAGUUAGAUUUUUACGAGUCGCUAAUUCUAUGAAGGAACGGAGGUUUUCCGAUAAGAUCGGUCGCAAUCUCAAGAUCAGGGGUCCUGUGUUCGAAUAUUGUUUUAUUUUUAAUGUUUUUUUUUAAUCCAGUGUUUAUAAGAAAUAUCUAAAUAAUAUAAUAAUAAAACAUAAUUACUUUUUGUUUCCCAAAUUUUCUUGGAAUCCAUAAAAUAUUGUAGGUUUUUAUAUAUCUAUUUUAGGAAUUAUUAGAAUUAAUUGAAGUUCAUCAAACUUUAAAACAAUAUCCGAAGAAGGACCUCGGUUCUUUGUUUAGCGUCUGCUAGACAUAUAAGGGUGGAAUCGACCAAUGAGAGCACUGGCCAUUCACUGCCGUUAUUGGUCCAUUUAUAAAUAGAUGCAUAAAGGUAUCCUCACAUGUCAGGGAUACGCCCGUGAAGUGGAAGGAAAGUAUUUUUUCAGGAAAUAAAAAUAUCGGUGUUUGAAUUGUAUAUGAACUAGUUUACACACGUCCGUAUCGUAUACAAGGCGACGCCGUGAAAUGCAAGUAGGAGAUACAUUUCUAUCUCUUUUUAGCAGUACAGUCAGUGAUUACAGCCAAGACAGAGAAAAAAAAAACUAACUAGCGUUAUCAAAUAACAUAGAACGUUUCAAUAUAAUUUCUGCCUUCUUGUAUGAGCGAAACGUAAGAUUAUGUCUCUCAUCUAUGGAUUAUAUAGGAACUUUUUGCAAAGAGAAACACAUUUAUUGACGUUAUCUCGAUGUAGACAUAGCACAAUUAGAAAUUGGAUUGAAUUUGAAAUACUGACGAGUGUGAACAGACAGACCCUGAGUGGACUCGUGUGUGUCUCACCACGUCCCUGGCACGGUCCUGAUGUGUGUUGAUAAACCUUUAUAUAAUAUAAUAUUAUACACAUGGUUAUAUGUCUGCCGGAGGCUGCAUGGCUACAAGUAACUUUUGAGCGACACUUCAAGACGAUUUUGUUAUUUAAUAUCUACUUUUUAUAGAUUUGCACAAACAACUGACUGAUAUGGGACACAAAAUGUUUUUGAUACUUUUACUUUUGUACUUUUCUCGUUUUUAACGAUAAUACUAGGAGUUAUGUUGAUGAACCUCGCCUAUACCUCUGUAACUAGUAAAUUUUAUAUUCGUCGGGAAUUCCGUGUCAUAUAAAAAUAUUUUAUUUACCAAAUAUUGUCUAGGGAUCUGAAAAUACUAAUUUAGUUUUUUUUUAAAGAGAAAGUAAAUAGCUUUGUCGAUAAUGUUUGGAUACAAAAUAAUGCUUAUAAGUAGUACAAGGUAUGAUAAAAAGAUGAAAGAGGUAUAAGUAGACUUAUUCGUGUUAAAAUUUGUUCAAUCAUGGAAUUCCCGUAUGAAUGUUUUACAUUUCCCUGAAGGCAGAUCGGUGACAAUACGUAGCGAUAUUUUUAUAAUCGUGAAUGUUAACUUAAUUGCGGUCUGGUCAUUUGCACUCGUUCUAAUACACAUCUAACCAAGUCUCCAUACAUUGUUCCUCCUAGGAGCUGAGGGCGUAUAACAACGAGUGCCAAGUGGCCGGAGCCUCUAAUGCCUUGGUGGGAAUGUCUUGGUUCGUGGUACGGGGCGCCGAGCGAUGCACACAUUUCUAUAGAAUUUUAAUUACAAGAUUAGAGAGCCCGUUUACACUAACUUAGUCCUAAAAUGUUGAUUUUUUAAAUUAAAAGAUAUAAUUGGUUUUAUACUAUAAAUAAAACUACAAUUUCUACGCUUGAAAUUUAAUUAUAAUGACACUAUGAAAGAAUUUAUUCUAAAAAUAUCUAUUAAUAAAAAAGUAUAAUCUAUAAAAAUAGAAGUUAAUAUAUUGAUAAAUUUAUUUAAAAUAUAUUUGAAAUAUUAUUAAGUAAACUACAUAAAUACAAAUUGUACUUAUUAGUAUUUCCUAUGAAUAUUAAUCCUAGAAUUUGCUAUUGAUAUUGUAUACUUUGGGAGUUGUUGGUUGUGUCGGUUAUGCCCCGUAUUUCGGCCAGUGUGUUAGACAAUAUAGGGUAAUGUGACUUGAGUUGUCGCUCGACAGUGAGUAGUCGACCGCAAGUAGCGGUAGUAGUGUGUAGUGACUACGGCGCACGGCUUCAGUUGGCUUUGAAGCGGCAGCGGAAGCCAGAGGAAAACGCUUGUAUAUCUGUUACUUUACUAAGUUCUUUUGAAAGUGUGUGGUUGUAAAAAUCUUGACUAAUAGUUGAACGGCGUAGCCACUACGACGUGUCUCUUUGCAAAGAUUACUGCGAACCGCGUAGCUAUCGUAGACCACUUGUUACGAUCGUGUACUCUACGAGAUUGGUACAUUUCAAUGUUAUACUUGUUGCAUGUAUUAACAAAAAAAAAUGGGUUGUUGUUAAUUUAUGCUCCUCUUAAAGAAUACAUUCAUUUGGAAUAACCUCGAUAGCGUAAAUGUAAAUGGUAUUUGAUUGUAACGUAAAAAACAAUUUGCGUUGACCGCGUGCGAUAAGGUAAUUGGUGUAGGUGGCAAGAAAUGACUAAUCACUUUGUAUUAUAUAGCAAUGUGUGAGUGUGAUGAUGAAAUCAUAUUGGCCUAAUUCGUUUAAUAUCGAAUAAUUUCAAUUUUAACUACGUCAGCGGCUUGGAUUUUUUUAUGGGCAAAAGCCUCCCCUCUUUGUUUCUUACUACUUCUAUUCCUCGCCAAUUAUUGCUAUUCCUUAUCGAAGGCUUACAGUUGGUCGGAGCGUCGGACCAUCGCACCUUCGGCUUGCCUUGCGAUCUUUUCCCAUCGGUAAUAAUGGAAAAUAAUUAUUUAAUUUAUUUGCUUUUCAACUGCCUGAUUUCAAUUAAAUUUUAAACUAAUACAAGCCCUGAUAUUAUUAAAUAGGUACAUUGAUGAUUUCUAUUAGUGUAAAAGUGAAAGUGGUUGGGAUUAUGAGUGCAAUUAUUAAAACAACAAUGGCUAUUGAGAAUAGUUGUGAAUUAAAAUUGUCUGUAUUAUAGUAUUUUUAGUGGUUGUAUUUCAAGCUACCUAUCUGAUCUGUUGAAAAUAUGUUUCUUGUUGUUAUAUGACAGACUAUAAAGUUUAGCUUGAUAUUUCGUGAAGUUCAUUUUAUCAAUAAAAACUAUGUCAGUAAAAUAAUUUUGGAUUUAAAAAAAUUACGAAGAGCUUUUCUUUCUGAAUCUGAGAGUUCGAUUUUAUAUAUGUUAUGAUUUAGAUGUCUUUCCCUUUUUGUCCUCCCUUUUCCUAUUUACCUUUUGGACCUUUGGAGCUUCACAAAAUUUCAAAUUACAUUUUAUGGUAUAAUAGAGAAUAUGUUCUAAUUACACUUGCAACAUAUAAAACUGUUGGUAUGUCUCACCACUUAUACAGAGAAAACUCGUUAUAGAAUUGUAAUUCGUUGUUGAAUAAAUAUUAUAUUUGAUGCAUACAUAACUAAAUCUUCUUAUUUAAUUAAAUUUAAUUAUUGAGAAAUAUCAAUUUAAACAUUAUUCAAAUCGAGAAAAACGUUUAAUGUUUUGUCUAAUGGAAUGAUGGAUUCAUAGCAAUUCGUGAGAUAUGCGUGAAACACUGUAAUGAUCCCAUUGGGAUGUUGGGUAUUAAAAUUAAUUUUAAUUAAAAAAUCAAUGAAUAAAUUUCAUGGACCUGCAUGCCUGUUAAUUUUGCCGACUGUAUUUUGAUUCCCGAAUUAUUUCGGCAAAGUCCAUCACUGUAUAGUUAUUUGUCACUAUAUAGAAUGUAUGUGUAUGUUUGUAUAAAUGAGAUGAAGCGAAGCGUUCCUCUGGCGUCCGUUGCUGCGGUCUGUUUGCGUUGCAGGGCUCUGCCCUCUAGGACCCCAUUCGAACGCAAUCAAAAAAUGUUCAUGUUCGAAUCAACAAUUUCUUGUCGGUUAUAAACAAGUUUGAAUUACUGAGAGAGUACUGCCAUUUUUUUUAAAUUUUUGAACGUGUUCUGUUUUUGAUUGCGUGGGGAUCGGGCCCGUGAUAAUAUCAGUAUUUCGACAAUUUGGUAAAGUAGCGUUACUACUACGUGUACUUAACGUAAUGGACGUCGCUCGUAUCUGUACCGGGCGACUGAAACACAGACGAAAUAAAUAAUACGACGUUAA